UUCGCUAGUUGUCGCUUUCUCAGUCACACGAGUGCCUGUCUUUGGUGAAACCAUACGGAGGGAUCCAUGUUUUCCUCCCGCCAAAUGCCCCUUUGUUUAAUAGCUUGUCAUCUGCUGCAGAACUUAAGUCCGUCCUUUUUUAGUUUGGGUUGCAUCACCAACCUUUAAGACUUGCAUCAACACACGGCUGAGGACAACGUUAAAGUCCAAAGGGACUGGACAGAAAACAGACACUGGCGCUCCUGUUCAUAAUUUCCUUACUUCAUCCACCCCGUCCCCACCUUGCACCUCUGUCCAUGUCUCCUUCUGUCUGAUAUCACUGUUCAGCCUACUUAUUAUCACGUCAUCCUUUGCUCCCCUGACUGCUCCUGCUCAAAUUUUUACCUUCCACCACAGUGGAAGUUGUUGCCGUCCUUUAACAUGCCCCUCUCCCCAUUAUCUUCCUACUAAACCACUCUGUACAUUGAAGUGCUCGAGCCCGACCUUGAGAUCAGAAUGUGGUCAAACUACUUUGUACAGCCGGACGACGAUGGUCGCAUCGGGGUGGCAGGGGCUGGACAAGGUGGGGGUUUGGGUGGGAUGAAAGGUGGAAGGGCGCAGAGGAGGACCCAAAAGAUAAGUGACAGCCUGGAGGGAAAGAUCAAGCUGGCCUUCUUCGUGUCCAUCGUUGGAGUGACCCUGACGGUGUUGGGCGUGGGGACGGAGUUUUGGGUGGAGCUGGCCCAGAAAAAGAACUUCAGCGGCAACGAGACCUGCCAGAUGGCCCAUUACGGCCUGUGGAAGGGCUGCAUCCACACCCUGUGGGUGGCCGACAUCGACCCCGAGAGGACGAGCUGUGGCCCCGCCGAACUACCCGGAGAAACCAACUGCACCUACUUCAAGUUCUUCACCUCUGGGGAGAAUGCGGUCAUAUUCAAGAAGACAACUAACAGGAAGCUGAAUCUAGCCGCAGCUGUCUUGGCCCUGUUGAGUUUGACCAUGAUGGUGAUGGGCUCCAUCUGUAUCGCCAUGUCCCUCAACAAAGGAGUACCCUUCUUCCUCAAGCCGGCCUCCUUCUGUUUCAUCCUAUCAGGUGUCCUGGUCCUUCUCUCAAUCCUGAUAUUCCACCAGUCUGUGGAGUCCCUGCUGUCCAGUGACGACUCCAUACCUCUCCACCACGAGCUGUCAUGGUCCGUGGCCUGUGUGGGCUCAGCGGGAGCCAUCCUCAUCUUCGCAGGUUUCCUCUUCGUAAUCCUCUCCCUGCCUUUCAGCCCCUGGCAAAAAUGUUGGCCUCACAAGAACAACACCACCUAGCGGUUCUAGACACAGGGUUCUUGAUGUCUUAUCUGAGAGCAGGUGGAAACGUUUCUGGAGGCUGUGACUUUACUCUUACUCUCAGUAUUUAAUUUGACAGAGAAGUCAUACACAAGUCUUAAUAUAAGGUACGAGGAGAAGUCAGCAACACAUAAGUGAGAAAAUGUACUAAACUUGUUUUAGUGUUGUUGUUUUUUUAGAAAAUAGAUGGAGGGAGCAACAGAGCUACUGGUGACUGUUAAAUUGAGUUGUGUUUAAGUGUCACAAAUAGGCUGGUUGGUCUGCACCUGUACAUCCUUCUGCUAGCAUUGGGACAACAAAUAAAAAUGUAUAAAUGCUCAAACACCUGUCCACUUCUAAACAUCUAUUUCACAUGGAAAGGAUUUGAAAACCUGAACAGUCAGCAGGUCCUCCACAACAAAAUUAGACACAGUUAUGGACAGUUCAGUGGUGUCUCCUUUGGACUCUUCAUCCCGUAGUUAAGGCCGACAUUGUCAUGUGUUGCAUUCUUAACUUGUCACAGUUUUUUUUUAGGCAUCAAAUGGGCGUCCAUAAUGUAACGCCAUCAGAACGUAUAACCAUCAGCAUCGCACCAUACACGCCAAUCAUCCUCGGAUUUCAGAGGUCUCCUCUCACAUGUAUAUAAACAGCAAUGAGUAUCCUCAAUACUAGAAAACAGUGCGACUUUUUAACCAUUCAAGAGGCUAUAUGUCAUUAUUUAUUACUUACAUGCGUUUUGCAACUAUUGGGUGACCGCUGUUUCAGUAUGAAUGAAUGUUGAACCAAAUCAAGUGAGAACUGAUUAAAAUAACAUUUUAUACAUCAGAAAAUUGUAUGUCCUCACUUUAUAAGCUCAACUUUGUACAUAAACUGGAUGACUGUGUUUAUAUUGUGUGAGUGGUCAUUUUAGCUGUGUCCAAUGAUGUAUGUAGUAAAAACAGUAAAUACACUAGCUUUGUCAGGUUGCUCACCUUGUCUCUCUAUCAGGAAAAUGCAAUUUCACAACAAAUAUGCACAUUUCUCCUCACAUAAAUGUAUAGUAUGUGGCACCAGUUUUGCUCAUCAUUAAAGGGAUUUUAAAUGAAA